AGAGAAUGGAGGAUUCAGGAGCGAUUCUCUGUCAGAUCUCUUCUCUCAAGGAUAUGCUCGAUCAGGUGAAUGAAGAAAUCGAAGCGGGAAUUCAGAUCACCAGAGAGAUAGAGUCGGAAAUCGUGAAGUGUUCCGAAGUUGAGAGCGCUUUGGCAGUGAGAGAAUCGGAGCUGAUGAAGAUGGUCUAUAUGUUGGACUUUGAGAUCAGUGGAUUGAUUGCAGUGACUGCUGAUUCAAGAACCUCAGUAAAACUCUUGGAGGAGGAGUUAUGUUGUCUAAGGAUGAAGCAUGAUGAGAUCCUUCAAAGAAUUAACAACAUGCGGGAAGGGUUCACUACAUCAUGCCUAGAUUUCCAGAGGAAUAUUGAAAAGGGACAAAAUGAUGUACUGGGGGAUUUAUUAUCAGAAAAACAGCUUCUUGAAAAUGAAUUUCAUCUUUUGAAUAAGAAAAAUAAUGCUUUGCAGAACUCAAUGUCGGCAUUUGUGGAGGAGAUUCUUGAAGAUCUUCAUGGUUCCAAUUAUGGUUUGCAUUUUGAGUUAGAGAACGGGAAGAUUGAGAAUGAGAAAUUGCUCAAGGAUAUCAAUGAGUUGAAGACCACACUGCUUUCAUGUCUUUCAAUUUGACAAUGAACAAUGGGCAACAACUAGAGGACCUAUGCACAACUAGAGGUGAUGAAUUCAACAAAUAAAAAGAGAAUGUGGUCAUGACAAGCAAGCAAUUGGACUAGGUUGUCUUCCAUCUCACAGACAGUGGCCAUGAAUAUCAGGUGGCUAUCAGGUGCACUCUUUGACCUUUAAUUGUACAUACAGAUGGGAAUUUUUUUUCUUCUUUUUUUAUAAUCAUACAUUGAAAUUGCAAACUCAGCAUGGCCCCCCUGAUUAUCCAUAUGUGGAAUCAAUCAGUGAGUCCCCACAGCAGAUUCACACCCCGUGUAUUGAUUUGAUCAGCACAUUUAGGACAUGACUUUUGUUAGCAUAGGCCAAGCAUCAUUCCUCUUCUCUUUUACUGUUUUUCCAUUUGUAGUGAAAAAAUAAGCAUCAAUUCAUGUGUACUGUUUUAUUGCGUCACUAAGUUCAUUCAACUCUCUUAAAAUUUUAAAAAAUAUAUAAUAAAUUUUAUGAAUUUAAUAUAAUUACAUUUGAAUUUCGUAAGUUUUUUAUUUACAUAACACUAAACGCUCUUUUCAUUGAUAAUUUGUUAGUCAUAUUUAUGAAAAU